UGUUGAAGCAGCAGCAGCCUCAGCAGCAGCCUCAGCAGCAGCAGUCUUGUAUGUGGAUCCUUGGCUAGAGGACAAGCAGUAGGAUACAUCCCAGUCCCCCGAACUGCCUGAGUCAACAUGGUCGCUGUGAGAGUCGUCGCCUGCCUGUGCCUGCUGGUGGGCUUCUCGCUCCAGGUGGACGUGAAAAGUGGGAAAGAAACAGGGAAAGCCGGGAAUUUCAUGGAAGAUGAGCAAUGGCUGUCAACCAUCUCCCAGUACAGCCGUAAGAUCAAGCACUGGAAUCGCUUCAGAGACGAAGUCGAGGAUGACUACCUUAAAAACAUGGAGGAGAACACAGGUUCUGAUGAAACCGUGGACACCACAAAGGACCCGUGCCAGAAUGUGAAGUGCAGCCGCCAUAAGGUGUGCGUCGCUCAGGGCUACCAGAGGGCCAUGUGUGUCAAUCGCAAGAAACUGGAGCACAGAGUCAAACAGUCAGGGCAGCUGGAGACCCAUGACAGCAGCUGCAAGCCUUGUCCUGUGGCUGCCUCCUCACCUGUAUGUGGCUCUGAUGGACACAACUAUGCCUCUGAGUGUAAGCUAGAGCAGCAGGCCUGCCUCGCAGGCAAAGAACUGAGUGUCAUGUGCGCUGGAUUUUGCCCCUGUGCCACAGCCUCCAUUACAGUCACAAAUACUGAUGCAAAACGUGAGAGCUGCACUGGCCAGGACCUGGCAGACCUGGGCGACCGCCUUAGAGACUGGUUCCAACUCCUUCAUGGAAACGCAAAGCAGAAUAACUCUGGCAAGCUCGGAUCUGGCACCGCUUCAGCGCUGGACAAGAGCCUGGUAGCCAGCUGCAAGGACUCCAUUGGCUGGAUGUUCUCAAAGCUGGACACCAACAGUGACCUGUAUCUGGACCACGCUGAGCUGGCUGCUAUUAACCUGGACAAGUAUGAAGUCUGCAUCCGGCCCUUCUUCAACUCCUGCGAUAGCUACAAGGAUGGGAAGGUCUCGACGGCAGAAUGGUGCCUCUGCUUCUGGAGAGAAAAGCCGCCAUGCCUCGCCGAGCUGGAGAGGAUCCAAGUGCAGGAGGUGGCCAAGAAGAAGCCUGGUAUGUACAUUCCCAGCUGCGAUGAGGACGGCUACUACAGGAAAGUGCAGUGUGACCAGAGCCGAGGUGAGUGCUGGUGCGUCGACCAGCAUGGUGGAGAGAUGAUGGGCACCAGAAUCCAUGGCAACCCUGACUGCGAUGAAGUGGCGGGAUAUUCCGGAGAUUUCGGGAGCGGAGUGGGCUGGGAGGAUGAAGAGGAGAAGGAAGCAGAGGACAACGGGGAGGAGGCGGAAGAGGAGGAAGAAGAGGAGGGCGAGGCAGACGACGGGGGAUACAUUUGGUAGAACUGUCUGACCCCACGAGGAGAGCCGAAUCACAGCUGCUGGCCUGAAAAUCUACAGGGAUGGCUCUCUCCUAACAGCAAAAGAUUUUGGGAUCAGGCUGGGGAGGCAUGGAAUUGUGUAUCAUCCUGUUGGGAUAUGGUGCUGGGCAGGUCCGGUGAUGAGACGAUGACCAGUUUUUGUCUUAGAUAUGUGUAAUUGCUUCAUUCUUGUCUCUGUUUUUUGAGCAACAGAGCUUUUGUUUUGCCGUCCUGGAAAGCAGGACCCACUGACUACUGCGCCAUAGGUAGCUAAAGUCCAUCAGAAUUCCUAUCUUGUCUGACCGCCAUCUAUGCAUAUAGAGAUUACUGGUAAUUUUGUAUCGUGAAAAAUUGCUUGAGUAUUAGAGCCGCCGUCCCACUGGAAUGACUAGAGAUCCAAAUUUAAAGGAAUAGUUUGACAUUUUGGGAGCUUAUUCCCUUUCUUGCUGAGAGUCAGAUGAGAAGAUUGAUACCACUCUGACUCUCAGCAAGAUUGCAAAUAAGCGUAAUUCCCAAAAUGUCGAACUAUUCCUUUAAAGCAGUUCAGUGCAAUGUGGUUAAUUAUUUCAAAACUGAUUCUGUACAUAAAUCCAGUGUAAAUGAUCUUAGAGAAUUUCAGGUUUCAAGCUACCUUUAUGAUAAAGGUGUACCCCAGCUCCUAGCAGUUUUUAAGUCUUACAAGGAUAGACGUGACUAUACAGGACCUCCAGUUUGAUUACUUUUAUUGAAAACUUGUAGAAUGUACUUUAAUGACCCGAACUGCACCUACAGUAGAAACCACUAGUCGCUCCCCUCUGCUAACUCUGAAUUCAUGUCAAAGAAUGUGCCACAACUAUGUUUUAUUCUGAGUUUGCAACUUGAAAAAAAAAAUGUAUUUUGUGUUUAUAUAUAUAUAUAUAUAUAAAAAAUGUGUGCAUUACUUGAAGUUCUGUGUGUAUACUUGAAAUCACAUUGUAAUUUUUUUUCUAUGAGAAUAUUGUUGCCACGUCUUCAUUCAUGCUAUUGGUAGACCAGACAUUUGGUUGUUUUUAGUAUUGCAUGUUAGUAAAUAAGAAUGUACUUCUAGGCUGAGCACUUUACUAAUAAAGGCA